AUGAUCCCACAAUUUUCUCGUUUUGUUAAAUCGGGCGCUGGUCUUGAAAAGACUCUUCGUCUGAUCCAAUGCGUGUCGCAGGUUGUCGCUGCACUCACCGUGAGCAGUGCCCUGGCCAUGCAAUUGACCACAGUCAAACUGCAAUUGGCACUAGCGCGGAGAUAUUUCCGCUUCUUUGGAUUCAUUGACUCCUUCCAACGCAUGUUGGCGUUGCUGGGCAAGGAUGGCUUCAGCUCUGUGGCUGGGAUGCUCGAGCUGGCUAAGUGUACCUGCUUUGGCCUUUACUUUGUCCUGGAAGACCUGACCACGCUUCACGCAAUGGGGGUCUACGCUGUCUCCUGGAAUGGCCGUGUUAUGGACCAGGCCAAUACAUUCUGGUUCUAUGCGCUUUCUUUCUCUGUUGCCGGAGCUAUCUGGGCGCUUCUUGCCGGAUCGGAGCAGCCUCUUAAGAAGAAUGGUAAGAGAAAGAACCAGAAGACCACCUCUGAGAAGGCUACCCCGGUCAAAGUGACUGCUACCUCUACCCGAGUCAAGCAGAUUGUGGUGGAUGGAUGUGAUCUGCUCAUCCCGCUGGAGCUUCUGGGCUGGAUGCCCACGGGAGACGUGGUAGUUGGAUCGACCAUGGUGUUGAGCACACUGCUGACUGCUCAAGAUAUUUGGGCCCGAGACAAAAGCCCAAAAAAAAUGGACUUGCAGGGAAUCGAACCCUGGACCACUCCCAUGCUAAGGGAGUAUUAUACCACUAAACCACAAGCCCAAUUGGAUGAAAGACACGGCCGCUUAGUGUCUGAAGAGUGGAUUUGA